GCUUGUGAGGAAUGUUCUUGUUCGAAAAGUCCCCGGCUUCAAGUCCGCCGGCCACGCAUUGCUCGUCACCGCAUACCUCGCCACGAACCUUGCGGUCAUGUUCACUAACAUUGAUGCUAAAACAAUGGCCACUUACGGGGCCAGAUUUGGAUGGAUGGGACUUGCAAAUCUAUCUCUGGUCAUAUUCCUGGCCCUGAAGAAUACACCGCUGGCAUUUCUAACAGCAUACUCGUACGAGCGACUGAACUGCCUCCACCACAUUGCCGGCUACACAAUGUUUGUCCAGAUUGUCCUUCACGCCUCGUUGUACACAUCUUUCUUCAACGCUCAGAACAGGCUCUUGAGCAUAUUUGCCGAAAGGGAGCAGAUUGCCGCCAUCGUGACGGGUUUCUCGUUGCUGAGUGUCAUCUUCUCGGCCGUGUUUCUACGACGCGUCUGGUAUGAGCUCUUCUACGUCGUCCACAUUUCCUCUUGGAUCAUGGCCGUUGUGUCGCUCGGAUUCCAUCAGCCAUAUAUCGCUAAGAAGAGUCUCAUUAUCGUUCUCUUCGGCGCCUCCAUGUGGGUCAUCGACCGCACCAUCAGAGCCAGCCGCAUUCUGUACUACAGCUUCAACAACGAGGCAACGCUCUACCCACUCCCAAAUGGAGGGACCAAGAUUAUCUUAAAGAAGGUGCCCGCUAGGGCUGAAGCGGGAAAACAUUGCUUCAUUUGGAUACCGGCCAUUCGCAAGUUUGAAACACAUCCUUUCACUAUUCACAGGACAGGGCCUGUCGAGUUCACGGUCAAGGCUCACAACGGGUUCACGCGCGAUUUACGAAAGUAUGCGGUCGCUCAUCCAGGCGCUUCUGUGAAGGCCUCUAUUGAUGGGCCGUAUGGCACCUUUCCCGACCCGAUGGAGUUCGACAAGAUUGUGCUCAUUGCCGGAGGUGGAGGAGCCACCUUCACUUUUGGCCUUGCUGUGAAUGUCCUCGAGAGGAUGAAUGAGGAUUCUCACAAAAACGUUGUAUUCAUAUGGUCGGUGAAGGAGCAUGACAAUCUAUCUUGGUUUAGGGAGCACCUCGAAGUCUUGAAGACUCACGCACACUCGCCAAAGGUUGACGUUUCUCUCUACGUAACACGGUCACCGGCGUCGCCCUCCGACACGCCGAAUCAACAUGGAAGCACCGCCCGCUCUAGGUCGUCGCAUUCUUCCGACGGGGUGGUGACGCCAUCACUGUCACCUAUUGGCGGGGAAGCCGGGAAGAGCGCGCCCCAGAUACCUCCGCCGACACACCAACCGGCCCUGACAGAGAAAGACCUUGAAAAGGAGUUCGAAAAGGCGAUCGAAACAAGAAUCGAGAAUAAAGAGGGGCCAGGACAACAUCGCACCACAACGACCACGGCUUCUCAUGGCUACGAACAUGCCAUCAAGGCUGGUCGUCCAGAUGUGGCAUCUCUCGUCCGCGAUGCGGUCACCACCACGCCCCCCAACCAGCGUGUUCUGGUCGCAGCAUGCGGCCCAGACGGGUUGAUGCGUGUUGUGCGUGACACAACGGCCAAGCUGAUUCGAGGCGAUGGGCCGGGUGUUGAGCUGCAUUGCGAGCAAUUUGGCUGGUAAAACCACGCUUUCUCUCCGUCUCGUCUUGUGAAACCAUUCAUCCAGAGAAUGGGCGACUGCAAGCUGUUUAGAUUUGUGACAUGUUUGUUCAACAUGACGACUUUCCAUUGGUCAGGCGCGCGUUAUACGGAGUCUCGAGACUUUUUAAGGGGGACAAUGAUUUUUUUGGGUGGCUUCACUUUCUUAUAUAUUACUCGCGCUUUUGUUACGUUGGAUUACCGGGAAUAUUCCCCGUACCGUUUUAGUCACCUUGGGCAUGGAAAUGGCGUUUACUAGGUGGUACCUACCAGCUAUCUGACCGAUGCCUGGGCAAGACUUCAGGGGGAAAACGAUGAUGGCAGUUUUUGUUUACUAAGCCAGUUUAGGGGAAUUUCAGUUGUUGCGGCGUAGACCAACUGAUCCGAGACCGUCUUGGAAAACGUGCGCCUGGGCUUCCAACAGAACACGGGAUUGAGGAAACGAGGGCGAGGCCUUGAUGAGAU